UCCCGGAAGUAGAAGACAGCGGCGUUGCCAUGGCGGCGUCUCUCGGGCAGGUGCUGGUUCUGGUGCUGGUGGCCGCUCUGUGGGGUGGCACGCAGCCGCUGCUGAAGCGGGCGUCCGCCGGCCUGCAGCAUGUUCAUGAGCCGACCUGGGCCCGGCAGUUGCUCCAGGAGAUGAAGACCCUCUUCUUGAAUACUGAGUACCUGAUGCCUUUUCUCCUCAACCAGUGUGGCUCCCUUCUCUACUACCUCACCUUGGCAUCAACAGAUCUGACCCUAGCUGUGCCCAUCUGUAACUCCCUGGCUAUCAUCUUCACACUGAUUGUUGGGAAGAUCCUUGGAGAAGAUAUUGGUGGAAAUCGAGCAGUUGCUGGCAUGGUGCUCACCGUGACGGGAAUUGUACUCUGCAUCACAAGCUCAGUGACCAAGACCCAGGGACAACCAUCCACCCUUUGAGUGAGCCGACCCCACCUCCAGCUCUGCUGUCUCUAGGAAGCCCCUGGCCAUGAGCUGCAGGCAGUGAGCAGAUUGACCUAGCACUUCCUGCUCUGAGGCUCAGCUUCCUCAUCUCUUCUGGGAUAACAGCUACCUCGUGGAUCACAAUAAGAGAACAAGAGGGAGAGGACUCUGUAACCUUCAAGUCGUGUUCAGCUGCUGCAAUUUAGCUUUCUUCCUGCUGUCACCUCAGGCCUCCAGCUCAGUCACCAGCUCAGUCAGUUACUAUGGCCUGAUCUGGACUGUCACAGUGGCAGGUUCGAUGGACUGCAGAACCCCAACUGUGUAGCAAGGGCCAGCUGCAGUCUUUGAGCCAGAAAUGCUAACAGGAGCCUCCAGGGCUCAGUCAGAGUGCCCUGGCCGACUGAGGGGUGGAGCUGAGGGGAAGAAGGUGCAUCAGAGUGGCAGGUGCAAGAGAGGCAGCUGUUAGUCUUGCCUGUCCCACCCAUGAGACAGGCAGAAAUCCUCACUGCCAGCCCCUCUUCAGCAGCUAGACAACUGUGAGUCCAGCACUGCCUAACUCCAGCACCCAGUGCAACACCCGGAGAGUAUUAGCUGGCAAUAAAUCUGUGGUAAACAGACA